CCGAAAAGUAAAGCACCGGUAAAAUCGAAGAAAGAGCAGAUUUUAGAAGCCAAUAAGAAUAAGAAGAACGAGAAACUUGUGGAUGAUGAGAAAAAAAUGGUGCAAUUUGCAAUGCAGCAGGGCAAGAAUGCGAUGUUCAUUUUGGAGAAUUUAAUGAACAAGUUGGAAUUGGCUCCGUCAAGAGCUGCAUGCACAUAUCAGCAGAUAACGCGCAUGGCUGAUGAAUUUUCUGUUCUCGAAGGCAAGAAUCUAGUUGAGAAGAGACGAGUGCGUGGUGUUGCCAUUGUGAACAAGUUGAAAGAUCUUUUUACAAUUUACUGGGAUCAUCUUGAUGAUCGGCAAAAGGACUAUGUAAGUUGAAA